CAUUGAGGAAUUUGAGGUUAUAAUAGGUUAUUGUAAACAACGUGUGCCCUGUUCUGCUGUUCGAGCUUUCUAAAUACAAUUCGCCCAAAAAUAAUUGUUUACCAUGAGUACAUCGAGAGGAAAUGCAAUGAGAACAAGGCCUCAAAAACAUCAAAACAAAACCGCAUAUAAAAAUGACUUGCACGAUAAAACUAAUAAAACUAAAUUUUUGAAUAAUUUAGACGUCACAGGAGUGUGUAAACGUUGCAAAGAUAUAAUUGACUGGAAAAUCAAAUAUAAAAAAUACAAACCAUUAACGGCACCCAGAAAAUGCGUGGGAUGUGAGGAGAAAGCUAUAAAAUAUGCAUAUCACAUAUUAUGUACUAAAUGCGCAACAAAACGAAAUGUAUGUUCUAAAUGCAACACGGCUGUUGAGGCUAGUGAACCAGAAAUUGAAAAAGCGCCUAAUGUUGACCUACAAUUAAUGUUGAAAGGAAUACCUGAAAGAAAACGUCGCACGAUUAUGCGGGCUAUUAAUAAAACACAUGGUGGAGACAGCAACAUCACACCUGAGAUAAUGUCGCAAGUUGAAGAAAUGCUGAAAAACAUGGAUAAUUUAAAUUUGGGUGAUAAUGAGUUUGAUGACUUUGACGAUUCGGACUCUGCUGAUUCGGACAAGUCUGGAAAUAAUGAAGAAGACUAAACGGAACUAUUUUAAAUAGUGUUUUAUUUGAUAAAAUAUUACAAAUUAAAACCUUGUUAUAUUACAUAU